UCUCACUCGUCCAGACUCACAUCUCUCAACAGCGUCGUGAUGGACUUUCAGCGCACCGCGGAGCUCCCGCAGGCGCCACGAGCGACCUCGUCAAUCAACCCCCACUCGCGGCACUUUCACUCGUUCCGGCACCCGCUGUUCAUCAAGCAGGUCGCCCCCGUGACCCACAUCCACUUCAGCCCAGCCAAGCCACACCGGUAUGCCGUCACCACGUCGACGCGCGUGCUCGUGUACGCGCCCAAGACGGGCAAGGUGGUCAAGACGGUGACGCGGUUCAAGGACGUUGCGAGGAGCGGAGAGUUUAGGAAGGACGGCAAGCUCAUGGUCGCGGGCGGCGACGACGGCCUCGUCCAGGUGUUUGACGUCGCGUCGCGUGCCGUGCUGAGGACGUUCAAGGAGCACAACCAACCGGUUCACGUCGCGCACUUCUCGCCACACUCGGGCCAGGUGCUCUCCGGCUCGGACGACAAGACGGUCAAGCUGUGGGAUGUCUCGACGCAGUCUUGCCUCGCAACAUUGGAAGGGCACACGGAUUACGUGCGCGCUGCGGUGUUCACAGAACCUCAUACGAUUCUUUCCUCGUCUUACGACUCGACAGUACGGCUAUGGGACGUGCGUGCGCCGCCACAUGCGAGCAACACCAUGACGAUGAGGCAUGGCGGCGCGCCAGUCGAGGACGUCGCGGCGUUCCCUUCGGGCGGCGUUGCGCUGUCGGUCGGCGGACCCAUCCUGCGUGUUUGGGACCUGGCGAUGGGCAAGUGCGUGCGGGCGCUCUCCAACCACCAGAAGACGAUCACGUCGAUCGCGUUUGACGGGACGUACGGGCGUGUCCUCACCGGUGGCCUCGACAUGAUGGUCAAGGCGUACGACGUCGAGUCGUGGAAGGUGGUCCACACUAUGCGGUAUCCCGCCCCGAUUCUCGCCCUCGCCGUGUCGCCUGACGACACGCACAUUGCAGCAGGCAUGACGGACGGUACCUUGUCCGUGCGACGACGAGACCCCAAGGCGUCAGAGGCAGCUGCCGAGGAGAAGAAGCAGGCCGCGAUCGCGGGCGGCGCGUACGAGUACUUUGCCGACAUGGAGGCCGUGUUUGGCCGUGGUCACGUCAAGGCCAAGGGCGCGGCCCUGCCUCCUGUCGUUGGACCCGCAGACGAGAUCCGCAUCGAGACGCGCAGGAGGGAGAAGCUGCGCGAGUUUGACAGGUAUCUCAAGGCGUUCAAGUAUAGUGCGGCACUGGACGCGGCGUUGAAAAAGACGGUCCGCCCAACAACGACCUUUGCGCUCAUUCACGAGCUGGUGCAGCGGGAUGCCCUGCGCGUCGCCCUGACAGGCCGCGACGACGUCACACUGGAGCCUGUGCUCGCCUUCCUGGCCCGGCAUGUGACCGACCCGCGGUUCGGCGAGUCGGCGGCGGACGUUGUCGGCGUGCUGGUGGACAUUUACGCGGCGCAGCUGGGCCAUUCGCCGCUGGUGGACGAGCUUCUCGCCAAGAUGCACACGAGCGUGGAGCGCGAGCUCGGGUUCCAGCGUGAGCUGGUCAAGCUGCGCGGCGCGCUGGAUAUGACACUGGCGCAGGCUGCCAUGAGCCGGUUGAGCUAGAUAGGGAUGGAUGUAUUAGUAGUGCAUUGA